CAUACCGUCAGUCAAUAUUCCAACCAUCCAUUUCCCACUUGCAUUGCAUCGAGCUUCCACACGUGUAGCGUUUUCACGUGUGACCGUGAGUGUUCUUUCUACACAGGAACUCGCUCGGCGGGAAGAAGCGGGAGAGGAGUACUCGCAUCGCUUCUUUAACGUUCCUCUGCUUUCAGAAAAGCGACAUAACAGGGAAGAACCAAACCCUAACCCUCGCAGAAUCUCUUGGAGGAGAAAGCUUAGAAAGGAAGAUCCAGUCGUAUUCAUUACAACGAUGAGUAAGCCAAUGGAGGAGGAUGCCAAUGGUGCUAAGACUGAGGAGGAAGAAUUCAACACGGGUCCACUCUCUGUAUUAAUGAUGAGUGUUAAGAAUAACACCCAGGUGCUCAUCAACUGCAGAAACAACAAGAAGCUUCUUGGCCGUGUGAGAGCCUUUGAUCGUCACUGCAACAUGGUUCUUGAAAACGUGAGAGAGAUGUGGACAGAGGUACCCAAGACAGGGAAAGGCAAGAAGAAAGCUCUCCCUGUUAACAAGGACAGAUUCAUCAGUAAGAUGUUCCUUCGUGGAGACUCUGUCAUCAUUGUUCUCAGGAACCCCAAGUAAGGUAAUUGGAUCUGCAACAUUCCCAUCUGGAGGUUUUGGUGUUUGGAUGGCUGAUGAAUGGCAAUAGAAUUCUCUAUUCUGUUAUAAACCAUCUGCCUUAGAACUUUCUAGAUGCUCUUCCAAUAACACUUGUCUCCUACCCGUAGUCCUGGAUUCACUGCAGCAACUUAGAUUGUCUUUUCUGUUGAUUUUUCCUUAGGUACUACAAAGCACUGAUGGUAAUAUACAUUAGCACAUCCGUGUAAAAAGAAAAUGCAAAUUGAGGUCUUUUCUUU